AUGCGUCGCAUCCCACAGCGCGCAAGACUGGGGGUGCUUGAUGCACUAGCUUGUAUCCUGAAGCGGCUCAAGUCAAAGGCAGCAGACGAGGCGGCAUCCUUGGUGUUUUUGGCCUUCCCUCGUCUUUUCUUGGGGAUUCCAACCGGGCAAGGCCAGGGGCAGAGGGCGGCAAUUAGGGAGCGGUUGGAGAAGUUUUGGGCUGGGGAGUGGCAGCAGCUGUUUGAGUUGGCGGUGGCGGCGAUGCAACCUGCGGCUCGCCCCUUGUCCUUCACCCCACCCGAGCAUGAUCCUGAUGCCGUGCGCCUAUCCCGCUGCCGUACAAGGUGCAAAGUGGGAGAAUGGAGUCGGGGUUUGGCGUGCCUUACGGCUGGUAGCAUCGCUCAGCCCUCUCAGCACAUGGUGGACGCGCUACGAGCGAAACACCCAUCGUGCGAGUCCGCCAUUCCUGGGUGGGUGCAGGAGGAGACAGUCGAGCCUUCCCUUAUCCCACAGCUCUCAGUGGAGGUACUCGGCCAGGCGAUCCACUCAGCGGCUAGGGCGUCCGCACCAGGACCGUCGGGGUGGGUGACGGAGCACCUGCGCGACACUUUUCUCUCUGAGCCCGCGUAUCUGUCCCACCUGCUAGAGGUCUUCACCCAGUGGACCAAGGGAGAGGUAGCGGAGCGCGUGCGACCCUGGCUCACUGCGUCCAACUUGGUGGGCCUGUCGAAGCCGAAUGGUGACGUUCGCCCGGUGGCUAUAGGCGAGGUGCUCCCCCGCAUACUAUCUCGGGCCAUAUGCAUCGUGCUUCGCCCGAAGAUGAUGUCGCACUUUGCUCCGUGUAACCAGUUUGGAGUCGGGUCCAGGUCGGGAGUGGAAGUCCUCGCACAUGCCUUUCGCUCCGCCAUCUCUACUCACCCGUCGUGGUGUGCGCUGCAAAUUGACGUGGCGAACGCUUUCAACUCCUUCCAUCGGCGGGAAAUGUUUGAGGGUCUUCGACAGUCGCCUUUCAAGGGAUUGAUUCCAUUUCUGCGUGUCUUCUACGGCACUCCUAGCGACCUCUAUCUCCGAGCGGGCCCUUUUGUCGAAGCUUUGGCUUCCGAGCGGGGCUCGAGGCAAGGGGAUCCAUUGGGUCCGUUUCUGUUCGCGUUCACACAGCAGCUGGUUAUGGAACCAACCAAAAUGGAGUACGCCGACUUACUCUUCCUCAGCUAUGCUGACGAUACGUAUAUCCUGGGGCCUAGGGAACGGGUUCUAGCAGCCUAUGAGGCCUUGCGGGAACGACUGGACGGGCUGGGUUUGGAGGUGCAGCCGCAUAAGUGUAAGCUAUGGGAGCGAGGGAGGGACCAGGAUGGGGAGGAGAGAAAUGAGACUGUCCCGCCCGGCAUGCAGCAGACAUGGACGGGGCUCACUGUGGUAGGGGUGCCCAUUGGGGAGGAGGACUGGGAGGUGGCUAGCCUGCGUCGCCGGCUGACGGAGCUGCAUGCACCUGUCCCCUGGCUUCCUCUGCUUGACCACCCACAGAUUGCGUCCCAUUUGUUGGCGAUCGCAGUGUCGGCGCGCCCGAUCUACCUCACACGGACGAUGCCUCCACGACCUGAGGUUGUGGAGGCUUUUCGGGACUGGGACACGAAGCUGGAAGAUUGUUUCGAGGAGCUGUUUCCAGAUAGUACCUGGGAUCACGAUUCGGGGAAGUCCCAGAUGGCUCGUUUACAGCUGCACCUUCCUGCCAGACUCGGGGGGUUCGGCAUUCGAUCUGCGGCUGACCUUAGUCCUCUGUCGUAUGCAUGUGGCUGGUGCCAAGCAGUGAGCGAUGUGGCUCGGUUGGGGGUGGCAGGUGAGGAGCGGAUGUUUGAGGAGUUUUUCCGCACGCCCGAGGCUACGACCUUGUUGGACCCCUGGUUUGCGAGAGCAGUGGAUCUGCUUCCACAGUCGGUUCGGCAGGAGAUGCCACCCCUUGCCUUGUGCACCGCUGAUCCGCCUAUGCUGCUCUUCCCCACACAACACCGUCGCCUGGCGGUUGAGAGCCUCCAAUCUCUUCGAGGCAUGGCCCACAACGAUGCCACCCUGGCCCGUUUGACAUCCCUUCAGGGCCCGGGGGCUGGGGCGUGGGUUUCUGCCGUUCCUUCGCACGAGGAGGCUACCUUCACCGCAGCCGAGUGGAGCAUCUGCGCGUCCAUGCGCCUAGGCCUCCCUAUUCAGCAGCUGAUAGUGGCCGGCAAGUGCGCGUGUGGGUUUGAGUUUGCUGAUCCCUCUGACCCGCAUCAUGCCCUUCGCUGCAAGUAUCAGUAUGCACCUUCUCGGGUUCACGAUGCGGUUAAAUUUGUGGUGGCGAAGAUAGCUAAGGGUGCGGGUGGGAUUGUGACCAUGGAAGACGACACGUUGCUCCCAGGGAAGAGGGUUGAUGUGGCGGUUCGGAAACUGAGGGAGGGGGAGGAGCACGCGCUGGAGGUUAGUGUGGUAGAUCCUAUCUCGCUAUCCGCGCAGCACCAUGGACAGAUUGGUCGCAAGGUGGGUUUUGCCGCGAGAGAGAGAGAAAAGCGGAAGACGGCGGACUACAAAUCGCUUCUACAGCGGCAUGGGGGAGUGCAGUUCACACCACUCAUUGCUGAGACAUGGGGAUGCUUGGGGGGGAGUUUUGGACGGUGGCUUAAGAAGCAGGGUGACGCGCAGAUCGAGAUAGCAAAGACGAAAGGGGCGGCGCGAGCUACGGGAAAGGGUUUCUCGGCUUAUUUGCUCGGAUCGCUCAAAGCGGCUGUGGGUGUGGCUUUGCAACGGGCUCAGGCGCGUGUGAUCUUGUUACGCGCUGCGUCGAUGAUGAGAGGCCCAGAGGCUGUUUGGGUGGAGCGGGAGGAUGUUGAGGAGGAGAUGGGAUGGGAUGCUCCGUGGGCGGAUGCACCAUACUUGGUAGACAUGCGGGUUUAG